CUUCAAAGGGAAGGUGGGUGCUCACCAUAGACAACUUUCUACUCCUACCCUCAGGGCUCGGAGUUGCUCACUAGCAGGAAACCAGGGGCGGUUUUAGUGUGAAGUCAACAUCAAGAUACACCUCUCUGUCACAUUCAUUGGAACAGAAAAGCAAAAGCAGCAUCCUGCUGGCUUCUUUUAGUAGAGAGCUGAUGUAGCUGAAAGGCAACAGGCCAGCUUGGGGCAUCAGCCCUUUCCUCAGGUCUUUAACUCAUCAGUCAGAUUGUAGAGAGCAACUAAAGAGACCUUUGAAAAUGCUGUGGAUGUCCUGUCUCCCAACUGCAUCCCUCUGUCUGCUGCUCCUCCCGUGCUUCCCUGCCCAGACCGGUGGAGAAAACGAACAGUCAACAGACGUUCUCAGUGUUUGGGAAGGAGACUCCAUCAGCAUAACUUGCUCAAUCAGUGGUUUAGGAGAGCACCUGGGAAUGCACUUGAAAAGUAGCAGAAAGACAGUCAAUAUGAUAUAUUUUCCCAAGGACAAUCCUCCAAAUAUCUCUCCUGAUUUGGCUGGUCGCACCGAGUGUUCGAGGGAAGGAAGGAAUUACAGGACAACUUUGCACAAUGUACAGGAAUCUGACUCCAAUAUCUACCUAUGCAUUGAGUAUGUUACAGUCAAUGGCCAUCACAAAAUACUGGAUGGGAAGAGAACCAUGGUAGUGGUGAGAGCUAAAACUGGUGGGGCUUUGAAGCAGUCACCGCUCUAUGCCAGCCCUCAGCAAGGCCAGUCUGUCAGCAUCACCUGUGUGAUGAACAGCUCACGUGGGGACGAAGGGAUCUACUUGCUCAGGACUCAUGUGCAACCUGAAAGUGUUCUGUCUGUGUCAAAUCAGAGUGCUACAAGGAUUCUACCUGCCUUUGCCGAGCGCUUGGAGUAUUCGAGGGAAGGGAAGCAAAUGGUGAUAACUCUACACAACCUACGGGAGAACGACAGCGAUAACUAUGUCUGUGCUGAGGAGGUGAAACAUGGGAAAAAUACCCGUCUCCUCUCAGCAAGUGGCACCAUGGUGCUGGUUAAAGAAGGGGAGCAGGCAUACUCCCAGAAGGCAUGCAGUAAUAGUUCCUGGGUCACCUAUUUCCUCCUCAGCGUGGUGGCACUACUGUUUUGUGCACUGGUGUGCUGCACCUUGUACCAUGUCAAUAUAAAGAAAUACUUCCAAAAAAAAACCCCAAAUGUAGUUUAUGAAGAUAUGUCUUACAGUUCUAGACGGAACACACUGGUCAGAACCAACACCUACUCCAGGGGCAGUGAAGCUUAAGCUGGGACCAUCAACAUCAACUUUACAGGUCUCUCUGAGAGCUGCUUCAACAAUCUGAUGCAGUAGUUGAACUGAAAGUGCUAUCACCCACCUUUUUCAGUGGAAAGAAAAAACUAAUUUCUAAAGCUUUUUUCUGCUUUUUACUUUUCUUUUUUUUUUUCUUUUUGGUAAUGUAUAGAAAAUAUAGCAAAAUGCAGGCACCCUGUACACGUGUCUGCAGUUCAGUGAUGCAUCAUAUGGGCUCGUUUCUUUGAUAAAUAACCCUUUCAGGGAAGGUGGGAUGGCUGGAGAGGUCUGGUUCUGAGCUUUGGUAAGUGCUCAGAAGAGUCUGUUCAAUAAGUUGUACUGGAUCCACUUAUGCAAGGAUUACAGUUCUCUCAUGAAUCCUCGUGGGUCUGCCCAGGAGCUCAGGGAGCUUCAAACUACUCAAAAGUCACAGCAGGGAAAUGUGUUCUGAGCUGAGGAGACUUCAGAAAUGUGGCAGGGUGCAUCACAGGUGAAGUGCUGGAUAUGUGUGGGCUUACCAAGGUCAUAACAGUCCCAUGAAAAUGCAAUCAAGUCUAGAUUUUAACUUACUGCCUUUGUCAGAGAUACCAGCAUGACUGGUGUGGGUCUUGACAUGGUCAACAAGCAAAGUGACCAGACUUGGGGCAUGGUGGCUUCUUGGGACAGCAGAAAUGUUUGUGAUGUACUGGUGAUGUCUCCAGCUCCACAUGUCUUAGGGCUACCCAGCAGAAUACAUUUCUCCAGGUCAGUGACUCCACACUUUCCAACACAAGGUGAAAUAAUCUGGGAUAAAGCCAAUGCCUGCAUUCCAAUGUGGGCCUGGGUGGGUCUGAUCUGAAAAUCCUUCUUAUCAAAGAAGGGAUUUAUCAAAACUCACAUCAAUCAGGUGGAAGCUAGAUGUGGUUAGAACAAAUCUCAAGAUUUGGUUUAGUAACAGCUUAGGGAGCUCAGCUGAGGGUGUUUGGUUUUGCAGAGCUGGGGCUGCUGGGGAAAGUCAACAAUGCCCAGAGGAAUGUCGAAUUGCUCUGUUACAGGGCAGGAUUGAUGGGGUUGGUUUGUGGUUUCUGAGGACAUGCUGAGGCUGUAGUUUUUCUCUGUUGAUGUGUUUGUUUAUUUUUUUGAGGGAUUAGCAUCAGUUUCCCUGUGAUGAGUGAGCAGCUGGAGCGGAGCGAGGCACAGGGAUCCUUCCUAUCCAGAGCUGAGCUCUGCCAGAUCCCAGCUUGCCAAUCCAGUCCUGCCCCUCAGGAGAGCCCAUUCCCCUCCAGAUAUUACUCAUGAAAUGCUGUGCACCAGACCUGAGGGGGAAAUCUGCUCACUGGGGUGGCUGGGGUGGGAACGGGUUCACUUUUGAACAAAGAGGUGCCAUCUUCACGUGGCCAUACCUGAAUAAAAUUGCUUUUGUGAUGUACAGUUGCUUGAUAUUUUUAUACCUAUAUUAAAAACUAUGUCAUGUAUCUUGCAAAUAA